AUGUGCUCCCGCCAGGACAAAGACCAGUGCCACCAGCAGGAACGAUCCUCCUGCCACAGCAGCGAAGGGUGUCACAGGAGCAGUGGAUCCGGAUGCCACGGGAGCAGUGGUGGAUCUGGAUGCCACAGGAGCAGUGGAUCUGGAUGCCAUGGCAGCAGUGGUGGAUCUGGAUGCCACGGGAGCAGUGGUGGAUCUGGAUGCCAUAGGAGCAGUGGUGGAUCUGGAUGCCACGGGAGCAGUGGUGGAUCCUGCCACGGAAACACCCAGGAGUGCCAGCAGCAAAUCUACCAAGUGUCCUCGAAGAUGAAGUGA